CUGUCAGACACCCAAACGUCAACGCCAAAAGUAUGGCCGUAAAUUCAACACAACACCGAUUAUCAGGAGUUUCUUGGUAUAUUUGAGCUGAAACCAUGAAGAGACAGGCUAAAAAUCUUCUUCUUGAUAGAAUUCAUCGUGGAUUCGUUUAUUCAUGUAUGGGAUUGACGCUUUAUGGAAGUUACAUGCUCGGAGCUCGUGUUUACCGGUAUUUCACUGUUGUUAAACCAGCUAGGCAAGCCGAGGAACUACGAAUGCUGGAGGCCGGAGCAGCGAACCGAGCACCAGCUUUGGAUACAGCGCCUACUCUUUCGUCAUAAGACAGAAGUCAUUUCAAACUACUACGUAAAACCUUCUAGUUCUCGAUCAAAGUAAUUCUCGUAUUUCACAAAUAUAUUAUGUAAUUGGAAAAACUGAAGUGUAUGGAAUGAUUUUGUCCAGUGUAAGCGGAAACGAAGGGGACGAACAAAACCAAUGUUUCAACAUUCUUAUUUCGGCACAUUCAUUCACUCAUAGCAUUUAUUUAAAUAAAACAUUUGAUCAAUUUAAAAUUAAUUAAACAUCCACAUGAUAUCCAGCUGUAUAAAAUGUUUUGUUUUAUUUUACUGUUUAUUUUCCGUCAAAUAUA